UGGGCUGAUUACGUGUAGCUCACCAACUAGCAGCUUUUAGCUUGUGAGACGAGACUGUUCAUACCACACACCGACUGCCAAAGCUGUAGUUGUAUCUGAGUGUGUACGGAGAAAUAGCAAACGCACAGUCACCGAGCAUCUAAAGACGCCAAGGACGGAUAUUUUAAUCGAAGUGUUUAUGAUGUAGCAGAAUGGAAAUACCAAUGCAAAGCUCUUUGAAGUGGUACUGCAUAAAGACGUGGCUGCAAAUUGCACUAAAAAAGCGAAACUAAAAGGAACAAUAUGUUUGCCAAAUUGAAGAAGAAGAUUGCAGAGGAGGCAGCCACAGCACCCAAGAGUGGUGUUCGUAUACCCCGCACCAUCAGCAAGGAAUCCAUCACCUCAGUGGGGGCAGACUCAGGGGAUGACUUUGCAUCUGAUGGCAGCAGCUCCAGGGAUGACCUGCCCGCCCAGCUCCUCAGAAGAAACGAUCAGAUCAGGAAGCUGGAGGCCAAGCUAUCAGACUACGCUGAGCAGCUACGAAUUAUGCAGAAGACCAAGGACAAGCUUGAAAUUGCAUUAGAAAGGCAUCAGGAUUCAUCCAUAAAGAAACUUCAAGACCAGAAUGAAUCUCAUCAGGCCAGCAGAGCCAAAAUGGCAGAGGGGAUGACUUUGGCUUUAGAAAAGAAGGAUCAGGAAUGGAUGGAGAAGAUGGCCAGUGUAGAAAAGGAGAAGGCUGCCCUGUCAGCCCGGCUAGAAGAAAUGAUGGAACAAAGCUUAGCACUCUUCCAGAAAAGAGAUGACCUGGAUGAACUGGAGGGCUUUCAGCAACAGGAGCUCGCUAAAGUUAAGCACAUGUUGCUGAGGAAGGAGGAGUUGCUGAGCCAACGGGAACAAGAGAUUCAGCAGAAGGAGGCUGAUGUUCAAUCAGCCAAACGAGGCCUAGCAGAGGCUCGGAGGAAACUCCAGGCUCUGGAACAGCAGCAUGAGGAGAGCUGCAGACUCAACUCUGAGCUUGAAAUAGAGCGAGAGGAACUGCUGCUGCUCAGAGAGGAGGCAGAUAAGAAGAUUGGUGAGCUGGAGGGACGAUGCAAGGAUCUGCAGUCAGUUAUCCAGCAGGUCUCUGAAGACUUCCAGAAGUCGCAGAGUAUGGUGUCAACUUUAGACAAGUCCCUCCAUGAAUUACAGACUGAACACGAUGCCCUGAAGUUGCAACAACAAAAGGCAGCUGUAACAGAGGAAGACAAGGAGCGCCUGUUGGUGGACCUUCAGAAGAAAGUAACCUCCUUGGAGAGGCGGCUGCAAGGGAACCUGAGCCAGGAUGAGCAUCUGCAGGAGCUUCUCCAGGAGAAGUCCAGCCUGUGGCAAAGUCUGGAAGAGACCAGAGCAGAGCUGCUGGCUGUGCGGACAAACCAUGCUGAUACUGUCAGCUCUUUGGAGACACAGGUAUCUAGGAUGAGCUGUAGUAUUACUGAGCUGCAGACUCUUCUCCGACACAAAGAUGACUCUUCCAGGGCCUACAAGGAGAGAACGGACACACAAAUCGCUAACCUGGAGCAGCAACUUCUAGAGAGCAGUGAGAGGCUGAAGAGUACAGAGCAGCAAAUCACAGAGAAACAACAGCACAUUGAUAAACUACGAAGAGAGUGGAGUGAAGAGAAAGCCUUUCUCGACCAGCAGGCGUGUUUGUUACAGCAGCAGAAUCAGAAGAAUGCCAGCCAGCUGGAAGAAAACAUCACUUCUUUACAGACAGACAAAGAGAAACUGCUUGACAGUGUGGCUCACCUGGACAAGCAGAUAGACAAAGCAAACGCCACUCUACAGGAGCAGGCAGAAGAGCUGGAACGAUGCAAGGCAGAGCUGAACAGUCGGCAGACGGUGAGCACAGAAAUUGCCAAAGCUCUGGAAGAAACCAGACGACAGAAGGAAGAGUUGCAAACAAAGGUUGAAGAGCUGACAACUUCUCUACAGAGCUCACAGCAGGAACAAGCCACUGCCACUAAGAAGCUGGUCCUGAGAGAUGAAGAUGUUGAAACACUCCAGAUUGAGGUGCAGAGUCGGCAGGCAUCACUGGACCAGCUGCAGGAGGAGACUGAGCGGCUGCGAGCCCAGCUGGAGCAGAUGGAGCGGGACAAAGACUCCCAGCUGAUCAGCCUGAGGGAGGAGCUGCUCAGUCAGACACAGCAGCUAGACAGCUGCCAGGCGCGGAUCUCAUACCUGGAGGUAGAAGUAGAAACUCUGACAGAACAGCUUCACAGCCCUGAAGUGUGUGAAGAGGAUCAGAAUGGCAGUGUGACCAUGGACGAUCUAGAUCAUAUUCAGAAAGUCAACAGAGAGCUGGAGCAGCAACUCAGUGACAAGAACAGGACCAUUAAGCAGCUGCAGCAGAGACUGGCAGAACUGAAAAGAACUCUGCAGAAGGAACUGAAAAUAAAGCCUGAGCCAGAAGCUGAAGGCAAGGAGAAAUUGCCAGAAAGCCGAGCUGAAAAACAGGAGAAAGUUUGUUCAGACUCCCCACUGGCAUCCACUCCAAGCCCCCCGACCUCCAACACCACAGUGACCAACACCUCAGACCUCAACGACUCACGAGAAAUCAACUUUGAGUAUCUCAAGCACGUCGUCCUCAAGUUCAUGUCAUCUAGAGAAGCUGAGGCCUAUCAGCUAAUACGAGCUGUAUCUGUGCUGCUGAAUUUCACUCGUGAGGAAGAAGAUAUGCUGAAGCAAACUCUGGAGUACAAGAUGUCCUGGUUUGGGUCCAAACCUUCUCCAAAGGGUAUCAUCCGGCCGUCAAUCUCAGGCACUUCAACUCACUGGAGCUGAUGGGCAGCAGUAAGAGCUGAAGUGAUGGAGAGAAAGGACAGAAAGGGCCACCUCCAGGAAAAAAACAAACAAUGUCCUUCUAGUGUGGCUUCCAUCACUAAGCAGCACUUUAGCUUUAACCUUUGAACAGCUUCCCACAGUUUUCUCUGGCUCUCUGUGGGAAUAAGUCUUUUUGCUCUGUGGGGACAGAGAAGGGACAGCACAUCUUUGAGGGAUAAAGGCUUAUUCAUAAUCAGCUGUUGAUUUUAAAAUGACGUUUUUUUUCUCAGUGGCUGAGGCAGACCAACCUUUGUCAGCUGUCUUAUUUUUCUUUUGACAUAUGACAAAAGUCUGAAAAUGAGUUAGCAUGUAAGAAAAUGAGACAUCAGAGAGAAAUAACAAAAUGACUGUUAUUUUAGGGACUGCCUCACUUCUGCACUCUUUGUUGGGAUAAGCAUCAUAAUGUGAUGCAAUUGUCUUCACUGGACAGAUAUUACAGCCUUUGAUUGCUGAAGGAACUAUUAGCAUGUUACUACUUGGUUAUUCUUUCAUUUUAAUCACAGAGGGCUUAUUUGAUGAAGAUGUGUCAUUUUAAGGAUCUGUGCAGGAUACUGUAACUGUCUUGUCUUCUGUAUCAACGAAAGUUUAAUAAUAUCUGUCUAAUGGACAUAAAUACUUCAUAUUGGUGUCAAAGGACCUUAAUCUGUCUGUAUGUUAGCACACGUCAAUGUCACUUAAAUAUCAACGCAAUCUGAACAAUCAAGGGAUUCCAAGCAGCAUUGCUGUACAGUUGCCCCACCAAAUCACAGAAUUUGACAACAUUGCCAUCAGUACCAUUAUAAACAGUGAAAUGUAAAUGCUGUCUUUUUACUUUAUAGUAACCACUUAGUUGAUAUCAGCAUUUCUCAGUGCCCCGAAGUAGACCAUGACUCAAGAUUUUUGAGGCUAAAAUAUAUAUUGACAAUGUUGAUAUUUUUGACUUUAAAAAAAUCUGACAAUGAUAAUGUUUAUCAUCGAAAUAAAUUUUUUUAAGGAUCCAUUAAAUUUGGCUACAAAGAAUUUUGUGUCUGUGAUAGAGAAACUAUGUAACUGGAACACUUUGGCAUUUCUGUACUGCAUUGUUUUUUACUACCUACUAUAUAUAUGCCAGCAUAUGUGUGGUAAGCUAAAAUCUUGAAUGCCCCAGACAAAGGCUUUUAGAACUAAAGAUUUAUUACUAAUGUGUAUCAAAACAGCUUUACCAUUGGAGUAUUUUUACAAUUAGUUGACCCUCCAAGUAGACCUUGCUCUUAGAUCCUUCCUCCGUCACCAAGUUUGGUAACUAACUGAAACCACCCGUCAGCUUAAAUAUCUGAACAGUAGAGAUUGUUGUUGAAUUGUAAAUUAAUCAGAAGUACUGACUGUGUUGCCUAGUUUAGGGUGAAAAAAACACGGUGUGUACAUGCAGACUGUUGGAGGUGCUUUAACACCAAUGUGAAUGAAAUGGGCUGUAUUUUUAGAGUGGGACAAUGUUAACAAUGUGGUAAUAAAAUUAAAUGCUAUGUAAAUGACUGGAGGACAUGCUCUACCUUUACCUGCCUUUGCUAAUUUAAAUGAAAGUACAUUCCACCUGUCUAUUUAUAUAUAGAAAUUUGUACAUACUGUAUGCAUUGAGAUCUUUAUAAAUCAGUGGAUGUAAAUGGUUUGAUGUGACCAGUUUGCAAUAUUUAUCAUUAUAGACCUGAACCCAUACAUGUUUCUGCCUCGGCUUGUCACUCAGUCCCUCUGCCCAUCACUAUCUUCCACAUCACUAUCUUCCACUCCUGAGUGUGACGUCAGUCACAACAUUUAUUUUUCUGAAAUUUGAAGUUGUACCUGUUUAAUUCAUUCUUUGGAUAUUGGGUUGCAGCAGUACAUCUGUUAACGUGGAACUGUCAUAAUGUUGUGUUACUAAGGACAGGUAGCAGACUGAUGUGGUCACACUGACUCCGUUGGAUAAUAUACUGUCUCCAUGAGAAUCAAAGAAACCGUGAAUGCACUUUUUAACUUCUGUGUGUUAAACCCUAAAACACAACUGUACAAUCACUACAGCUUUUCUGUCUUUUGCUUUUUAUGAUUUGAAGAUUGCUGCCACUAUUGUGGUUUCCUUUCCAACUUUUAUUAAAAAUAAACCUGAAAUGAAAUUCAUGCA